CUCCCCCAUCAUUACCACCUGGUGCUGUGCCGGUAAGCCGAACCUUUCCUUUGUUCUUGAGCGCACAAAGAAAGAAGGUCGCUGUGUCUUCCCACGUACGCAUCUAGCUAGACCGAGGCGCACCCUGUCAGUGUCCUCCGCAACUUACAUAGGCAAAUACCAGGUUUCUACAGGUUUCAACAGCUGUUCCUUGAUCGGUUUAACAAGUGGCAAAGAUGAAAACAAUUCUGGCAAUCCUGCUUGUUGGAGCAUUUGUGGGUCUGGGAGGAGCCCUGCAGUGUCGGAAGUGUUCCGUCACCUUCACUGACGACUCCGACUGCAAGAACAACGUCUCUGCAGUCAUGUCUGAGACCUGCCCUCAGAACCAAUCAUACUGCUACGUCCGGGUGACGACUGUCGCCACGCUUCGGACCCACGUGUCGCGAGGCUGCGCCAGCUCAUGCGACGUCACCGACGACUGCAAGAACAUCAUCGGCACGGGCGACUGCUACCGCUGCUGCACCACCGACAACUGCAACUUCGAGACGCCUGACUACGGUGGCGCCAGCGCCGUCCACGUGUCUCUCACUGUGCUGAUCGCCGCUGCCAUCGGCACCAUAGCUUCUGUUCUGUGAUAGGGACACAAGCAGUGCACGAACAACGCCACGAUAUCUACCAUAGCAUCAUUGUCAUAAAAUGUUCAACAUCACCAGACCCAGGCCAACAACUGCAUUUCGAAAUGAACCUAGAGUAGAGAUCUAAACUUCAUAUCUAUUUCAGCGAAUAAUAUCAAAGCUCUAUGCAAAUGUGAGUGAAUUAUGUGAAUUAAGUCGUCUGUUAAAACUUUCAUAACAACAUGAGUGGUAGUACAAAACUGACUGUUUCAACCAAACACCUGUCAUCCUCUGUCCGGACUACUUUCUAACUUGAGCGGCUGUUGCCCUGGGACCGGCGGGUAUCACUGGCGUUGUUCUCAUAUGUUUGUGAUAGUCUUACUAAAAUGAUUUGUUCAUGAUGUUCUCCUUGUUUGAUCAAGCGGAACUGACGUUACACAAAUCCAUACGUACUUAAUAAAGAAACGCAUUAUAUUAAUCUGACAUUAAGGCUUUCAUUUUAAGAUGUCUACUUUGUUAGAAGUGAUGGUAUUUUGACCUGAUGACGUGGGGAGCUACGACUCUUAAAGAGAGAUUGACUGGCUCGCCCCUCUAACAUUGACAGACCAUAAAAGUGUUAAGACGAACAAGACACACAAGAGAAUUAAGAUUCGUUGGGAAGAUUUUACUCUAGAACCUGCAUCCCUCUUAAAUAAAAUUGUCUGGACCGGUACGAAAUAGAACAGUUUUAUUGAGUUAAAGUGCCCUUAACAAAUUCCCCCUAUCGAAGUAAGCUGAAAUGCCACCAUAAUAAUUGAAAAAUAACUGGAAAAUAAAUAAUGACAGGGUAAGAGCAGUCAACAGAGAAAAAUAUAGACGUAAAAAUUUGAGAAGAGAAAUAGUUGACAUGAUAAAUAUCUAUUUGUGUAACACAAAGUGUGAUUUAGAAUACAAUGUAGUUUCCAACGAAAGACAUUCUAUAGGACAAAUGAUAUGCCGGCAAUUCCUGAUGCAGUCAUCAAAUAAAGUAACUUUGCGCAUAUGUUA